CGGCGCAUAUUUUAGCUCCUUGCCUAAAUUUUCUUUUGUACCGCAGAGUCUUAAAGUAGCACCUUGGGGCUGUGAAAGGGUAUCCCCCCGAUUCCCCCUACAUCAUGAUCCAUUUGGAAUCACAAACCAGCACACCCCAGAAACCUUGUCUAUCUACAACAUACAAACAAUCAACAUGGACGAAGAUGCUGUAAUACUUCAAAUGAUCUUACGGCGAAGGCAAGCUGCAGCAAGGUUCAGAACAUCAAUCAAUGCAAUGCUUGAAAUUACACCAAUGCUCCUUGAUGACGAUGAAGACGAAAUUGAAUUGCCAUCGCAUGGCGGUUCACAUCCAGGAAAACAACCCAACCGGCCUCGCGACUUUGAAGGCAGCUACAACAAGCUUAUGCAGCAUUACUUCUCUGCACAGCCACUCUACAAUGAAGAAAUCUUCCGACGCCGUUUCCGAAUGGGAAUCUGUCGGUUGAACCGCGCCGUCCCAUCAUUCAACUCGAGACCCUUAACCCUCGUCUUGAACGCACAAUUGAUUCGUAUCGAAAGUACCGAGACCGUUGCCUUACAAUCCAAACAUCGGGCCAUUCAGCGAAAAAGCCCGCCACACGGGAUCCCCUGAUCGGUGGCCGUUUCAGUUCCUCUUUACGCUUGUGGACGGACAGGGCAAGCUAGACGGGGAUUCGAGGCGCUGAAUCCGUAACAAGGAUGAUUGCUUGAUCCGCAAUUAAUAUAGGGAUGUCCACCGUUCGCGUACACUGACGACGCGACAUCAGAAUCCAGGACAAGGGCAAGGCUUUCGACGAACCGUCUAGGAAGACGACCCCUCCCCAGUCACCUGCCGACUGAACCUCCGCGUCGUCAGAUUCAAGUGCUUCGCCUUGAGGACGGCGAGGGAUUCGCCCAGAAGCUCAGUUCAGUGGCCGAUGAAGAGCGAGGUGUUAUUUGGCGAGAAAAAUCCGGUGACAAUUGGAAUGGAUUAAGUUUCACGAAGAUUGCCCCUGCUGCGAAAACGCUCUCUACGUGAUCACGGAAUUCGAUGUCUCGCUUCGUCGCUUCGAGGAUUCCGAAGCUAUCCAAAGCUACGAACAAUCAAGUACGCCAAGACCGGCGACAGACCCUCCAUACUCCGUGUUGAUCCAAUUCAAUCGAUAUGAAGAUACUCAACGGACUUACUUCAACGGAUGGCGUCCCGACCGAUGCUCGUAGGAUCGACGUUGAUUCCCUCCAACCUGUUUCAAAAACGGGUGAGUGGACUAUUCAUAAGUCAAACUAAAUAAUACUCAUCAUUUAAGAGGCUCAAUCAGGCCUUAUAUAUCAUGACGUUUCAGAUGACCGGAAAAAGGAGUCAAGCCGAACCAGGCUUCAAGAAAAGUCGGCCAGCCGAAAGAUCUCCUGGGGCCCCACAAAUGUCCGACUGCGAGAUGAUUUUGGAUGAGGUUCGAGCGGAGAGAACUCUGCGACCGGUAAUCUAGCCAUCAAUGACACCCUCCAUAUUCCCCCGAGACCACAGACCUCCUCAACGUCCAGACUCAAGACCCCAUCAUGAGUAGACAUACGGUCAGAAUGUAGCCUACCCGCAGGCGCACAGCCUCCUGUUCAUACGUGUUUCUCCAAGACAGCUGGACAUCAUUCCUCGAAAACACUGGAUCCUGAUCUAUGCCCAUGGUCAUCAAAAGCUACCAGUGACUGACAACCACAUUGUAUCAAGAUUAUCUUGGACAUACGAACACUGAUGUCAUAGAUGCUUACACAGACAGUUACACCCAGGUUUUUCGUCCAAGUGUGAGGAUGAGGUUUACCCAACUUUGGAGGACAAAACAACUAUCUCCAAUACGAUGUCUGUUUGUGAUAAGAUAGCUGCAAACAAGCGCAAAAGAUCGAUCACUGCAUAUAGUAAUAUACCUACUUUCGUGGGAAAUACGCCUGAGCGCAGCAUGUAUGUGAAUUCAUGCGGACACAGCCCUAGGAAGAGACGCCUUUAAGGCUCAAUCUUUAAG